CUUGUGUAAGAAUUGUAAGUCUCGCGAUAAUUCAUUAAAUUUUCGUGCAUCUGUCGACCAGCAAAAUGAGUAGAAAACAGACACCGAGUGAAUUUUUGAAGCAAAUUAUUGGGCGCCCUGUAGUAGUGAAGCUGAACUCAGGUGUGGAUUACAGAGGUGUGCUAGCCUGUUUGGAUGGGUACAUGAACAUUGCUUUGGAGCAGACAGAGGAAUAUGUAAAUGGCCAACUAAAAAACAAAUAUGGCGAUGCUUUCAUCAGAGGGAACAAUGUAUUAUACAUCAGUACGCAGAAGAGGAGGGUAUGAAUAUCCGAGGGAGAGCUAGUUGUGAGAAAGUGAGAGUGGAUUUGCUGGAAUAUGAGUUGAUAUAUUGUGUAAAAUAAUAUGGAAGCUGUAUGCUGAAUUUGCAGGCUAGAGGAAAUCACAGGAAGGAAGACAGCUGUGAUUUUUUAUAUUUCAAAAAAAGUGCUCGGAACCAUUACAAAAAAAAUGCAAAAGGGAGCGAGGGAGACAACUGCGAUUUUGAGAAAACGUAUCUAAAAAUUGCCAUCAUUACAUGGCAGAAUGCAUAGAGGCAGAUAACAAGGAAAAGGACACUUUUCUUGAUAGGAAUUUGGACUUGGAAAAAAACACGAACUGUUGUGAAUUUGAUAAUGGACGAUGUGUCUUAGGCUAAAUGCUUAAGUAACAUUAGCUCAUCCGAUGUCAGGAAAUUGAUUCUAUUGUCAACAUGGAUUCAGUCUAUGUAUGCAUCGAGACCUAUGGUUGCAUUCAGCUUUAGGGCUGACGAGGAAUGUUACAAAAAUGUAUGGAAAAUAUGUCAAUAAGAUGUAUAUGUUAAACGUGUCCCAAUCUUUCAGAUCCAACCAGUGCCUGUAUGUCAAGCUAAGACUUGACACGAGUCAUAGCUUGACAAAGGGACCAGUCAGUCUAUAAACUUUGUGACACGUUGAACACAUACAUUGUUUGUGUAUAAGUAAAACUUUGAUACAUGUAAUUGUAUGAAAAUAAUCUUAACCUUUUUUCUCUUUUUUUUCUAUGUUUAGGAUAUGCUUGGUCUUUUCCAAGAGGUAAACUUUCUUUACAAUUUUGAUAUUUUCAAAUCUGAAACAUCACUAUUCAUCACACACAUCAUCAUGACAGGUUAUUUUCUUCAUUGUCAUGUUUCAUUUCACAGUUCAAACAUGUGAAAUAUUUUUUAUAAUUUUAACAAUUUAAUAAAACAAUUGUUUGUG